GCGACGCAGACGAACGGCACAGCCAGACCGGAGUGAUUGGCAGGACGCCGGGCCUGCGCCGGUGGCCGGAGGGCCAAUUUUGAUGCGUGGCCUCCUCGAGGUCCACGCGAUUGGCAGAGGCAACGCGUCCAACAGCUCCGCCAAACUGAAGGCCGCUCCGGCAUUGGACAUGAUGAGGUACCAAAGACUCAGCCCGGACUGCCUCCCGCUGACGAACGGUGGCGGCAGCGGCGGCGUGGCGCGCAAGCCGGCGUCGAGAUCCUUCAGAGACGACGACACCGCAGCCGCCUCCACCGACGGGUCCCGACAGGCCUCCUACCUCGCCGCCUCCCAGCCGGACUCAAAGCCGUCCCGGCCGCGCGCGCCGCAGCCGCCAGCAUCGUCGGCCGGCCGGAGCCCGGCGCGGGACCACGGUCUCCACCAACACCAGCACCACCCCUCCGACUCCUCGGACACGGCCUCCCCGAGCUCCACCGGCGGCGCGGUCACCGGCGACGUGCUUCUACAGUGGGGGCACAACAAGCGAUCCCGCUGCCGGCGCGACUCCUCCGCGGCGUCCUCGGCCGCGUCGCCGUCCUCGCAGCGCCGGCAGGCCCUCGGCGGCAAGAUCCAGCGCCGCGCGUCGGCGCCCUCAUCAGAGAAGCUCAUGCCGCCUCCCCCCGCCACGGCCACCGCGACGCGGGGGUCGAACCUGCGGUCAUCCUCGUCCUUCCCGCCCCGCGCCGCCGGAGGCGACGCCAGCCACCAGCCGCCUCCGCACCACCACGGCAGGGAGGAGCGAUCGGGCGGCGUGCAGAAGCGGUCGUCGCCGGACAAGGCGCACAGCAGCAAGCACACCACCACGGUGGAUCAUCAUCACAUGGAUUCCAAGAACAGCAACCACCACCCAUACCACGACUCGACGGUGCUGCACACCAACGGCGCCGCCGCGGGCGAGAAGCUGGUUGUGGAGCGGUUCGAGCUCCCCCGGAUCUACAUCUCCCUUUCCCGCAAGGAGAAGGAGGACGACUUCCUGGCCAUGAAGGGCAGCAAGCUGCCGCAGAGGCCCAAGAAGAGGGCCAAGAACGUGGACAAGUCGCUCCAAUUCGUCUUCCCCGGGAUGUGGCUCUCGGAUUUGACCAGGGGCCGGUAUGAGGUGCGGGAGAAGAAAUGUGUCAAGAAGAGGCGAAGAGGGCUGAAAGGGAUGGAGACCAUGGACAGCGACUCGGAGUGAUCGAGGACGAGACGCUCUAACAGGCGAGACAACAAAGAGGGAUGUGUGGUGGGUGAUUGGUGAGGGGAGUUGGAUGAGAGUGAGAGCAAAGAGCGGUAGAGCUUAGGCUAAAACCAAGGGAUGAUCAUUGUUCUGUAAAUGGAGAUGGUGGGAGGCAAGAGUGGGCUUUGUCUUGGAGGCGAUGAUGACGAUGCGCCGGCUGUUUUCUUAUUCUUUUCUUUCGGGGGUUGGUUCGAAAUAGUAUCAUUUUGGGGUUGUCCACUUGGCA